CUUCUUACAACUUCUGACGCUUCCUUCCUUACUGUCUCUCCAUCCUUCAACCUCUUUGAUUUGUAUAGCUCUAAUCGACGCAGAGAUCUAAUCGGCCCUAACAACGUCGUUAUCGCCGAUUCACCUCUCCGAUCUUAUUCGGAGAAAUGGAGAACCUAAUAGCUUUGGUCAACCGACUACAAAGAGCGUGUACAGCACUAGGUGAUCAUGGCGAAGAGAGCGCUUUACCCACUCUCUGGGACGCCUUGCCUUCCAUAGCCGUCGUCGGUGGCCAGAGCUCUGGGAAGUCUUCCGUGCUUGAAAGCAUUGUUGGAAAGGAUUUUUUGCCUCGUGGAUCUGGGAUUGUUACUCGGCGACCUCUUGUUUUACAGCUCCAAAGGAUUGACGAAGCAAGAGAAUAUGCAGAAUUUGCUCACGCUCCAAGAAAGAGGUUCUCUGAUUUUUCUGCUGUUAGGAAGGAGAUCGCUGAUGAGACAGAUAGAGAAACAGGCCGUUCCAAACAAAUUUCCAGUGUUCCAAUCUACCUUAGUAUUUAUUCCCCUAAUGUUGUGAACUUAACACUGAUUGAUCUUCCUGGACUCACAAAAGUAGCUGUUGAGGGUCAACCUGACAGCAUCGUACAGGACAUUGAGAAUAUGGUUCGGUCAUAUAUUGAGAAGCCAAACUGUAUAAUUCUGGCAAUUUCUCCUGCCAACCAAGAUCUUGCCACAUCUGAUGCAAUCAAGAUUUCUCGUGAAGUAGAUCCCAAAGGAGAGAGGACAUUCGGAGUUUUGACAAAGAUUGAUCUUAUGGACAAGGGUACUGAUGCUGUUGACAUCUUGGAAGGACGAGCAUACAAACUUCAGUUUCCAUGGAUUGGUGUUGUUAAUCGCUCUCAAGCUGAUAUUAACAAAAACGCCGACAUGAUUGCUGCUCGGCGUAGGGAGAGGGAGUAUUUUGCUACCACCCCCGAGUAUAAGCAUCUUGCUCACAGGAUGGGUUCUGAGCAUCUUGGAAAAAUUCUAUCUAAACAUUUGGAGACAGUUAUCAAGUCUCGAAUCCCAGGCCUUCAGUCGCUUAUUAACAAAACUAUCAUUGAACUAGAGACUGAGUUGAGUAGGUUUGGGAAGCCCAUUGCAACUGAUGCUGGAGGUAAAUUGUACAUGAUAAUGGAAAUCUGCCGUGGUUUUGAUGGAAUAUUCAAAGAACAUCUUGAUGGCAUUCGACCAGGUGGUGAUAAAAUAUACAAUGUAUUUGACAAUCAACUUCCUGCUGCAUUAAAAAGGUUGCAAUUUGACAAGCAACUUGCAAUGGAAAAUGUACGAAAGCUAAUUACUGAAGCUGAUGGAUACCAACCUCAUCUAAUAGCUCCUGAACAAGGAUAUCGGCGUCUGAUUGAAUCUUCAUUGGUUACUAUUAAAGGUCCUGCUGAGGCAGCUGUUGAUUCGGUAUGCACUUUAUGUUUAAGAGGAUUACUUUAUGCCCAUGUUAACUACGACAUUUUGGUUGCAAAGCUAGGGUAAUUGGGACUAAUCCUGGUGCCUACUGUUAAAAAACCAGUUCUAUACACAAAUAAAGUAAAAGCAGUAUUGGUCUUCUGAACCCAGUGGUACAUAGCGGUUCAUAAAUAUCCUGGGGCAGUGAAGUUAUUCAAUGAUGUAGAUUACG